AUGGGCGACACUCUUAAAGACGUCAAGGCUCUGACGGAGCAAUUGGAUAGCGCUUACAAGCGAGAUGACCUCCCGACGUGCGCGUCGCUUGUGUCGCAACUCAAGCUGAAGCUAACACUGCUGCCAGCGCUACCCCCGCUGUACCAGCAGUCGCCCACGGCACAGGAAGAGCUCCUGCUUGCGCGCGAUGUGAUGGAGCACGCGGUGCUAUUGAGCGUGAAGCAAAAGGACGAGGCUCUCUUUGAGCGCAAUUACCUCCAGCUACGCACCUACUACACUGACACCAGGAGCGUCCUCCCUCCUUCUGAGAACGAGCCUGUCAUUCUGGGCCUGAACCUGCUGCGCCUGUUGGUGGCGAACCGCAUUGCAGAGUUCCACACCGAACUGGAGCUGCUGCCAGAUGGCCUGGACGAGAACCCAUGUGUGAAGACAGCAGUGCAGCUAGAGCAGGCGCUCAUGGAAGGGGCGUAUGCACGUGUGCUCACCGCACGUCAUGCGGCGCCACACCCACUGUUUGCCCACUUCCUUGACCUGCUCAUGCGGACUGUCAGGGAUGAGAUAGCAGGGUGCAGUGAGAAGGCAUACGAGUCCCUUGAAAUUAAAGAUGCAUGCCAACUGCUCAUGUUCACCAAUGAAGCAGAGCUGAAGCCCUAUGCUGAGCAGCACAAUUGGGAGGUGCGUGAUGGUUCUGUAUACUUCCAGCGCCCACAGCAGCAGCAACCGCGUGAUAGAAUGCCAUCCAUGCAGCUCGUGAGCCAAGCUUUGGGGUAUGCUAGGGAGCUGGAGCGCAUUAGCACGGGGGCGUCGACCAGCUUUUAUCCCAUUGGCGUAGGUGUAGCCAUUACCUAUGAAAUGGGAUUAGACUACUAUGACGUACUUCAGGUACCGAACACCGCGUCUGAUGAUGACCUAAAGAAGGCUUAUAGGAAGUUGGCGAUGAAAUGGCAUCCAGACAAAAAUCCCACAUGCAAGACGGAAGCCGAGGCGAAAUUUAAGGAGAUCUCUGAAGCGUACGAGGUCCUCAGUGAUGGUCAGAAGAGAGCAGUGUACGAUCAAUAUGGGGAGGAAGGACUCAAAGGACAAGUACCACGUCAAGGAACUCCAAGUCAGCCAGGAAGUUCACACGCCCCGUCUUCUAGCACCCCAAAUCCUCCUCAUGUUAAUAAGUUUAAUCCGCGGAGUGCGGAAGACAUUUUUGCAGAGUUCUUUGGCAAGAACCCAUUCAUGUCAGAAAGCAGUAGCUUCAGAGGUUCGAAGUCUGGUUCCUCGUAUCCUGGCGACCAUUAUGGCUCUCCAGGGCAAGAGCCCGUGGUGCAUGGCCAUUAUGUGGAUCCAAACUCCCCCGCACCUAAGAAAGGUGCACCUGUAGAGAAUCGUCUAGUUUGCUCCUUGGAAGAACUUUAUUCGGGGUCGACGCGGAAAAUGAAGAUCUCACGGAAUAUUGUUGACACUGCUGGGAAAAUCACCCCAGUGGAGGAAAUACUGACGAUCAACGUGAAACCAGGAUGGAAAAAAGGGACCAGGAUUACGUUCCCUGAGAAAGGGAACGAGCAGCCUGGUCUCGUUCCUGCAGACCUUGUUUUUGUCAUUGAGGAGAAGCAGCAUGAGUUCUACAAGCGGGAAGGCAUUGAUCUUCUGUGCACUCAGAAAAUCAGCAUCGCGGACGCAUUGCUUGAUUACACGUUGAACUUGACAACUCUUGAUGGAAGACAGCUUUCAAUUCCCCUCAAUGAGGUUAUAUAUCCCGGCUAUGAAAAGGUGAUUCCUAGGGAGGGGAUGCCAGGCAAGGAGUUGGGCAAGCGUGGCAACCUUAGAAUAAGGUUUGAUGUUAGAUUCCCUACCAAGCUCUCUGCAGAGCAGAAGAUGCUGUUGGCCCAAGUUUUCCGUAGGGAGUAG